AUGAAGAAAAAUCUUGAAAUAAUUAGUAGAUUUCAAAGAUUUAAGAAUUUGGAGAAAUUAGAUGAAGAAGAAGAUCAAGCUAAGGUUAUAACAAUUAGUGUGGAUCGGUUUGGAGCUAAAGGUGAUGGAAAAAUAGAUGAUACAAAUGCAUUUCAAAAAGCAUGGAAAGAAGUUUGUUCGUCUUCAAAUGUUGUGAAUUUUGUGGUGUCCAAAAACAAGAAAUAUCUUCUCAAACCAAUCAAAUUUUCUGGGCCAUGCAAAUCUUCCAUUACAAUGCAGAUUUAUGGAACCCUAUUAGCAUCUGAUGAUACUUCAGAUUACAACAAGGAUAGUAGGCACUGGCUUAUUUUUGAUAGUGUUCAAAAAUUGGUUGUUGGAGGAGCUGGAGUUAUCAAUGGCAAUGGCAAAAUUUGGUGGCAAAAUUCUUGCAAAAUUAAUAAAAAAUUGCACUGCAAGGUUGCACCCACGGCCCUAACAUUUUACAAGUGCAACAACUUGAAGGUGAAGGACCUUAAAAUAGAAAAUGCACAACAAAUACAUUUGCUAAUUGAGAAAUGUGUUGGUGUUGAAGUUUCAAAAUUGGUAGUGAGUUCUCCAGAAAAUAGCCCUAACACUGAUGGAAUCCAUAUUACUAACACUCAAAAUAUUCAAAUUUCUGACUCCACCAUUGGCACAGGUGAUGAUUGCAUCUCAAUAGUGGAUGGAUCUCAAAAGGUCCUAGCCACUGGCAUUACUUGUGGACCAGGUCAUGGAAUAAGUAUUGGAAGUUUGGGAGGUGGAAAUUCAGAAGCUCAUGUGUCUGAUAUUCAUGUAAAUGGAGCUAAGCUUUAUGGAACUACGAAUGGACUUAGGAUUAAGACUUGGCCGGGAGGAUUUGGAAGUGCAAGCAAUAUUAAGUUUCAAAAUGUGGCUAUGAAUAAUGUCAAAAAUCCAAUAAUUAUAGACCAAAAUUAUUGUGAUCAAGCUGAUGGUCCAUGCAAAGCUGAGACCGACUCAGCAAUUCAAGUGAAAAAUGUGAUUUAUCAAAAUAUCAAAGGCACAAGUGCAACAAAUGAUGCAAUAAAUUUCAAUUGCAGCAAAAAAAUUCCAUGUCAAGGAAUUUUGUUGGAGAAUGUGAAAUUGUUAGGAGGAAAUGGUGAAACUCCAAAUGCUAUUUGGGGAAAUAUUAACAAUCUUACAUGCAACAAUGUUUUACCAGAAUGUAAAAAAACUCAAAAAAUUGUAUAA